UCACGAAUGUCAAACACGGCUGAAAUAUUGACCAAACAAUUUCGUCAACAACAUAUUCGCAAACAAAGUGAUGAUAAUAUUAUUCACACAACAAAUAAUGAUGAUGAUGAUGAUGGUGAUGAUGAUGUUCAAUGGUCAUGGAAAAGAUUUAUCCAAGAAUUUUUUUGCUUAAAUCAACAAAUGUCUUCGAAAGAUUCGGAUGAUGAAAUGAAUGAAUUAUUCUGGAAAAAAUAUCUGAAAAAAUUGCAGAUUAAUUUUUUUGUUUGGUUAUUAUUGUUGAAUACAUUUUUCAAUAUUAUUACAAUCAUUGUUGCAUUGUAUCAUCAGAAUGAUUCAAAAUUUUUUGGCACUAUUUUCUUAUAUUUCGCCUCAUUAAUCGUAUUCGGAAUGUUUUUAUUCAUCACAUUUAUUGAUGAACAUUUAUUACAACCAGAAUUUAGCAGUAGUUUAGCAUCGAUAACCGUAUUAAUAACAAUGAUAUUCACUGAAUAUGGUUAUGAAUUUUUUCAUAUGAAUCAUUUAUCAACAAUUUCAAUGCAACGAAUUCGACCAUUAUACUAUAUUUUGAUUGCAAAUAAUCUUUUGCUUCCAUUUUCAUCACGAAUGUCAGCAGCAAUAUCAUCAAUUAUUAUCAUUACUAUUGAAAUUAUCAUUUCAAUACAUCAUCGGCUAAAUAUAUGUCAAAUUCAAAAUAUUAUUCGAUUGACUUUUUCUGAGAUCAUUGUCUAUGUAUAUACUGCAUUAUUUGGUUUAUAUAUCAAAGGAUUAUUGGAAAAAAAUAUUCGCAGAGCAUUUGAAAAUUAUAUUGAAUCUAAAUACAAUAUCUAUCAAGUGCAAAAAGAACAAGAACAGAUAUUGAAAAGCUGCCUACCUAAACAUCUGAUUGAUCGUGUACGAAAAGAUCUAAAAGAAGUCAUUGAUCAACAGGGAAGGGUUGUAUCGAGAAGAUUUCAAAAAUUAUAUAUUAAAAAAUAUGAUAAUGUAUCAAUAUUAUUUGCCGACAUUGUUAAUUCGGUUACAUUGACAGCAAGUUUGAAUGCAAAUGAAUUAGUUGAAACAUUGGACGAUAUGUUUGGAACAUUUGAUAAAUGUGCCGAUAAAAAUAAUUGUUUACGAAUUAAAUUACUUGGCGAUUGUUAUUAUUGUGUUUCUGGAUUACCUAUACCGGAUUCUAAUCAUGCAUGGAAUUGUGUACGAAUGGGUAUUGAUAUGAUAAAAAUUAUUAAUGAAAUAAGAAAAUCAAAAAACAUUGAUAUCAACAUGCGAAUCGGUAUAAAUUCCGGUAUGGUACAAUCCGGUAUUAUUGGCAUGCAUAAAUGGCAAUUCGAUAUCUGGUCAAUGGAUUGUUUAUUAGCAUCACAAAUGGAACAGGAUGGUGUACCUGGAUGUGUACAUAUAACGAAAAAAACUUAUGACCUAUUGCCAAAGGAUAAAUUGUCCGAAUAUAAUAUCGUUGAAAAAAUAACCAAUGAAAAUAUUGGAUAUUUGAUCAGUAUGACUAAUUCACAACAACAACAACAACAACAACAACGAAAAAGUAAUCGAAAAAUUUCAUUAAUCAAUGAGUUAAGUUUGGUUGAAGAUCAUCAAAACGAAGAAAAAGUAUUUGAAGUUUCAAAUGAAAAUUUCAUAAAAGAAAUGAAUGUUUGUAAAAUACAAAUGAGAUCAUCAUUUUCAACGAUCCAUUCGAUAAAAAGAAUCAAUUCAUCGAAUCAAAACAAUGAACUGGAAAAAUGCUUGGAACGAAAAAGAAUGUUCAUUGAUCAAGAGAUUGAAAAAAUGCCACUUAGUUUCAAAAAAAAAUUCAAAAACUUUCAUGGAAUCAAUCCGAUAAGUUUAACAUUUGUAAAGCAAUCGAAUAAUCAACAACAAGAAUCUGAAGCAGCAGCAGCAUCAGCAAGAGAAGAAGAUGAUGAUGAUGAUGAUGAUGAUGAUGGCGAUGAUGAUGAAAAAGAGGAAUGUUUCAUGAAAAAAGAUAGCAAAGAAAAUAGUUUGAAAUUGGAGAAAGAAUUUCUUACACUUCCGGAUGAAUUUUUUAUAUUUCAUCUAUUUUUUUCAAUAUUUCUUUGUUUGAUAAUUGGUCUAAAUAAAGUGGUGAUUAUACCUAAUUGGAAUGAUACACAAUGGAUAAGUUUAACAUUACUUGGCGUCACUCUUAUCAUUAUUUUAUUAUCCUUUUACUAUUCAUAUCGGAAUUCGAAUACAAAGUUAACAUUUUGUAAACGUAACUUUAUAUGGUUAAUAGUGAAUCUAUUAUUAUUGGCUAAUUCAUUACAGGAUUUAAUUCUGUAUAAUUGUAAGAUGGAACAAAAAGAGAUGAUCAUCCAGACAGUAUUAAAACAAUUUGAUUCAGCCAAUUGUCCAUACAUAUGGAAUUUAACAAUGUGUACCAUACUAUCAAUGACUGGCAUUAGCAUUUUUAUAACAAUAAAUUUUUGGUUCAAAUUUAUACUUCGUUCAAUUGGAUUGUUUUGUUUCAUAGCUAUUCUAUUGAAUGAUUGUUCAUUAUAUCAAUCAAUAAUACCUAGAAUUGAGAAUGAAAAACAAUGGAUCAGCAAUAUCGGUUUUGAUCCUAUUAUGAGCCAUUUAUAUUAUAUGGUUAUGGCAUUCAUUAUAUUGACGAUAAUUGACCGUGAAAUUGAAUAUGUAUUUCGAUUAGAAUUUCGAAUAAGAAAAAAUGAAAAACAAGAUGGUAAAAUUACGGUUGAAAUUAAUGAAAUAUUAUUAAAGAAUAUUUUACCCACAACCUAUAUUGUACGAGAAUAUUUGAAGAAUAAUUCACGAUCAAAUAAAAAAUUUUAUUCAGAAUCAUAUCGAUUCUGUGCCGUAAUGUUUGCCUCGAUACCAAAUUAUUCAGAAUUUUAUUCGGAAAAUGAAAUAAAUCAACAUGGAAAAAAUUGCCUAAAAUUACUUAAUGAGAUCAUUUGCGAUUUUGAUGUGCUGUUAUCUUGUCCGGAAUUUCAAAAAAUUGAAAAAAUUAAAACUAUUGGCAGUACAUAUAUGGCCGCAGCUGGCUUACAACCUGGCCGAUUGUCGAUAGAAUCCGAUUAUGAUGAUAAUGAUUCUCGUUCGAUUGAUGAUGAGCGAAAACUUGUAAAAAAUUUGAUAUGUUUCGCGAUGGAAUUGAUGAAAAAAUUACGAGAAAUGAAUAAAAACGCCUUUCAAGAUCUAAAACUCAGAAUUGGUAUCGCUGUUGGUCCUGUUAUUGCGGGUAUUGUGGGUAAAAGUAAACCACAAUAUGAUAUAUGGGGCGAUACUGUUAAUGUGGCAAGCCGUAUGGAAAGUACAGGCGUAAUGGGACGUAUUCAAAUAACACAGGAAACGGCCAAUAUUAUAUUCAUAAAUGAUGAUUAUGAAAAUAUUUUUACAUUAGAAAAACGUGGUCCAAUCCCAGUAAAAGGCAAAGGAAAUUUGAUCACGUAUCUAGCUAAAACUGAAUUUGAUUUUGAUGAACAGGAUAUAAGUUUAUAGUUUGACGACGACGAUGAUGAUGAUGAUUUGAUUAUUUUUCAAUUUCAUUAUG